AUGAUUUUCGAAUACAUAAGAGAACCAGAUGGAGAAAAUCUGCUUAGAGCUCGAGACGCCUUCAAAUAUGCCGAGGACAUUAUGAUCUACAUGGGCUGGGGCUCGACAGCUGGGCGUGGCUACAUAAAUCGGCGUCUAUAUAGAUUGUACACGGGUCUGGUCGUUGCCUUCACUCUAUACGUUCCAGUUCUAUUCGUACAGUCGCUGAUGUGGACCAUAGACAUCUCACAUGCCGACACGCUGUUCACAACGCUCGAGGUGUUCUUCAAUGCCCCCGCCUAUACGAUCAAGUCGGCCAUAAUGCUCCACAAUAGAUGGCGCGUCGAUAAGGCCAAGGAUCUAUUGGACGUGAUGAGCGAACGUUGCGUUACGUACGAAGAUCGGGUGAAGGUUCAUCAAUUGGCCGCCAGCUGCAAUUACAUAACAUGCAUAUAUCGUGUUAUAUACACUAUACCCACCUCGCUGAAUCUAUUCUACAGCGUCUCCCAGGGAUUCCCGCCGCUGAAUUUGUAUAAUCCAUUUGUGGACUGGCAUGAGAACACUCUCAGCUUGUGGAUCGCAGCGCUUUGCGAAUAUUUCUUACAGAUAUUCGCGAUCCAUGCCUUCAUGGUGAUGGAUGCUACGCCUCUGAUAUUCGGCCUGACAGUGCGAUCCUAUACCAAAUGGUUAAUUGAACGAGUCGAAAGAUUGCGAAACGAUCCCAAAAUGAAUGAGGAUCAGAACUAUCAAGAGCUAGUGCUAUGCAUCAAAGAUCAUCAGCUCAUUGUGGAAUACUGCGAGAACAUGCGUCCUCUCAUCUCUCGUGCCUUGUUUGUUCAGUAUGCCACAGCAUCCUUGGUGAUGGCUUCUUCGUUGGUUCAUUUGGUGACUUUUGCUGAUCUGGUAUCGGGCAUUACAACCACUAUCUAUAUGGUGUCCAGUUUGUUUCAAACUUUCCCAUUUUCGUACAUCUGCGAACAGAUAGUUGAGGACUGUGAACACCUAUCGAUGACCAUAUUUCAUUCAAAUUGGAUUGGCGCGACUGGCGCCUACACAUCGGCUCUUAAAUACUUCAUUCAUAGAGUACAGCAGCCGAUCCAAUUUCUAGGUGGCGGCGUAUUUCCCAUUUGCCUGAACGUAAAUAUUCAAGUGGCAAAAUUUGCAUUUUCUUUGACAACCUUUGUGCAACAGAUGAGCGUAUUCGAAAACUUUGAUCGAUAA